AUGUUUGAAUCUGACAAAAUCAAGAACUGGACUGUUCACGAGACAAUAACUCUCUCCGAUCUUAAACGUGAAGAGUUAGAGGUUUUUGUCGAGUUUUGUUACGCUGGAGAGUGCAUGCCUUCCGAGAAGCUGAAGAAACAUGCAAUGUCCCUGUACCGUGCUGCUGACAAAUACGAGAUUCCUUAUUUACGGGAUCUAUGUAGAAACCAUAUUAUGUCGUCUAUAAACGCUUCAAACGCUGUUGAAAUUCUAGAGCUCUCAAGACUACCUCUCGACAAAACCCUCUCCGAAUUUGCUAACAAUUAUAUCGAGUUUCACUCGAGUAUGAUUUUCCCUUUUGAUAGGUUUAGAACUUAA